UUCGCAUGAUCUUGGCACUCAGGCCAUAUAUCUGAACCAUGAGUGAGGAACGUGGACACGAAGGCUUUUCCGGCGAAUCGACGCAAUACCUUUCGCAACAAUACGGAGGUGUUCACUCAGCCAAAUGGGUCGACCUCUUUCCUCGCCCCUGGAUCCCAUACAUACAACUCGUGCGCCUCAGUCCACCGAUAGCGCCGCUCGUGAUAUAUCUUCCCCAUUUCUGUGGAGCCAUGCACGCCGCAAGAAUAAAAGGGCUCGCGACAUCUGAAGUUCUGCACACAUGUCUCUUACUAUUAGGAGGGAGUCUUUUCUACUCCAACGCCGCGCAUAUCUGGAACGAUCUCAUCGAUGCCCCUAUUGAUAGGCGUGUAGCCCGAACCAAGACAAGGCCUAUCGCAAGAGGUGAUAUAACUCCAAAGCAGGCAUUCAUAUUCGCUGUAUCGCAAGCGCUAUGUGCCUUCGCCUUCUUGCUUUUCCUCCCUCGAGCGGUGGCGACGUCAACUAUUCCAAGCAUCAUCGGAGCAAUAUACUAUCCCUGGGCUAAGCUACACUCCUACUUUCCCCAGUUUCUACUUGGUGCCGUUUUAGCCUGGGGCGCUGUAGUUGGUGCUUCAACUUUGGGAAUUGAGAAGCCAUGGACGGACGCACCUACCAUGUGCUUGGUGAUGGCUUUGGCGCUGUGGAAUAGCAUCUUAGACACUAUAUACACAUACCAAGACAUAGCUGACGAUGAGAGGGUGGGAAUUAAAAAUCUUGCGAUUUUAUUCAAAGAAAAUACGAAAAGUCUGUUAUGGUUUCUUUUCGCUCUUGAUGGGGGUUUCUUGAUUGUGUACGGAGUGUUAAUCCGGGCGGGGUCUCGCUAUUAUUUAAUUACUGCCGUAGGUUGUAUAUCAUCGUUAGCGGUUAUGAUCGCGAAAGUCGACCUUCAGGGUCAGGCUAGCUGUUGGCGGUGGUUCUCGAUUGGGUUUUGGUCGCCCGGGGCAUUUCUUUCACUUGGUCUCUUGUUUGAAUAUGUUUCGAGCUGUUAGUUGAUCAUCGUCAUCAAAGAGCGUAUCCUGCUGGUUUAAUAAUGAAC